AUGGCUAACACCGCUACCCCAAACGCGCGUCGGCGCAUCUCACCUGGGAUCAGUACACCAUCGGGAGAUACAACACUGACAAGACUUCAACGACUUCCCAGUCAUACGCGCUACCCCCUGACACCAAGUCGACUUGUCACCGCAGCCACUCCAUCCGCCCAACGAUCAGCCUCUCGAUUCACACCGCGUGCCCGAGGCGUGGGUGCACCUGCAACGCCAUACGGACUUCGCGCUAUACAACAGCGCGCCGCCAAUACACCUGGUCGGGAUCGACGACGAAGUGGUAGAAUGCAGCGAGAGACUACUUUUGAUAUUCUCCGGAAUUUAGGAAGAGCGCUGGCUCCUACUUCCAAAGUCAUCAAGUCCUCGCCCCAGGAGAAGCCGGAGCCGGUUGAAGAGCCCAAAGACGAAUUUGAAGAACUAGACAACGAACCGGAAAUUGAGCGGCCGAGGUUGUCGCUACCUAUCCAGGAGAGCGAAGAAGAAGAUGACGACGCAAGCCCUGAAAUGCGCCCACCUCGGAUGUCACUUGCUCUCGGAGAAGAGGACAUGGAUAUUACAUAUCGGUCCGUCGAGUAUCCUCGGGAUGCGAGCAUUAGAGAUCGGGAUCGCCUAUCAAUGAUGAGCCGAGUGACUGGCAGGAUCAGUGAGGAUUUCGGAGAGACAAGAUAUGACAGUGAUGAUGCAGAUGAAACCGGCAUCAUUGGCGAGGAAGACGGAGAGGAUACGAUGAUGAGCGGGGGAGAAUUUGAUAGAGGGGGAGAGACGGAAGACCUGGGUCGAUUCCACUUUGAUCUCAACUUUCCAUCUCCUGUUGCUGCUCCGCUUGAGGAACCGACUGAUGAAAACGUCAAUGAUUUUGAUGACUUCCAGCUGUCCGCCGCAGAUAUCCAGCCACUUGACACAGUUGAGGCACCAUCAGAUGAUGACGAUUUCGGUGGUGAUUUCGGUUUUGGACUUGACCUUGCACCCCCAGCAUCUCCCAGCGCAAGCCCUGGAAUUGUCGGAGGUGGAUUGCGAGACGAAAACGUACCCACCAAGACCAAGGAAAAGAAGAUGUCACGACACGGAAUUCCUGUGCCAAACUUGCCUGCAGGCGUGGUCAAAAAACUGGCCACUCGCUUUGCGCACUCGAAGGGAGGCUCAAAGACGAAAAUCAACAAGGAUGCACUGGCCGCAAUCGAGCAAGCAUCCGCAUGGUACUUUGAACAAGCAAGCCAAGACUUGGCCGCUUAUUCAAAGCAUGCAGGACGGAAGACCAUUGACGAGAGUGAUGUCACGGCAUUAUUGCGGAGACAACGCCAUAUCAACAGCUCAACGACCGUGUUUUCCCUUGCCCAGAAACAUCUCCCCAAAGAGCUCCAGCAAGACAUGAGAUUGGCUAUGCCACCAUGA